AUGGUGCCUCCUGGGAAGAAACCAGCUGGAGAGGCCUCCAACUCCAAUAAGAAAUGCAAGCGUUACUUCAACGAGCACUGGAAAGAGGAGUUUACCUGGCUGGACUUUGACUAUGAGCGGAAGCUCAUGUUUUGCCUUGAGUGUCGCCAGGCCCUGGUACGGAACAAGCAUGGCAAGGCUGAGAACGCCUUCACCGUGGGCACCGACAACUUCCAGCGCCAUGCCCUGCUGCGCCAUGUGACUUCGGGGGCCCACCGCCAGGCUCUGGCCUUCAACCAGGGCCACCCUGAGGGAAGGGGAGCCUACCCAGGCCUGGCUUCCACUCACACCUCUCGGGGCUUCAAGGCAGAUGUGGAUCCCGCCAAAGUAGCUGUGCUGACCACUGUGUACUGCAUGGCCAAGGAGGACGUGCCUGAUGACCGCUGCUCUGCCUUGCUUGAGCUACAGAGGUUCAACCUGUGCCAGGCAUUGCUGGGCACCGAACACAGCGAUUACUACAGCCCCAGGAGGGUGAGGGACAUGCAGGUGGCCAUUGCCAGUGUCCUGCACAUGGAGGACUGCCAGCGCCUGAAGGCAUCCCCAUAUGUGGGACUGGUGCUGGAUGAGACCAGGGACUGGCCCGAGUCCCACGGGCUGGCCCUGUUUGCCACUUCGGUGUCCCCUUGUGAUGGUCAGUCUGCCACCACCUUUCUGGGCACUAUGGAGCUGCAAGAAAGCGAGGCCACGGCCAGCCAGCUCCUGGACAUCCUGCAGGCCUUUGGCGUGUCUGUUACCAACCUGGCCUGGCUCAGCUCCAGCCUCCCAAGCGACCGCCUGGGGAGUUUGGGUGCACAGCUCCAGGCCGCUUGCCCACUGCUUACCGAGUUACACUGCCUUCCAGGCCGAACAGACCCCAAGCCCCCUGCCUACCUGGGUGAAUAUGAAAGCAUACUGGAUGCCCUGUUCCGCCUGCACAGUGGUCCUAGUUCUCACAUGGUCCCUGAGCUCCGAGCAGCACUGGACCUUGCAGCUAUUGACUUGGCAGGACCGAGGCCCGUGCCCUGGGCCUCGGUGCUGCCUGUGGUGGAAGCAGUGGCUGAGGCCUGGCCCCGCCUGGUGCCCACCCUGGAAGCUGCAGCCUCAACCUCACCCACUGCGGGGACCUUGGCCCUCGCCCUUCGCCAGUUCACCUUCGUGGCCUUCACCCACCUGCUGCUGGACGCUCUGCCUUCGGUGCAGAAACUCGCCCUUGUCUUGCAGCCCGAUGAGCCGGACCUGGCUCUGCUGCAGCCGCUGGUGAUGACGGCCGCCGCCUCCCUGCAAGCACAGCGCAGCUCCGGUGGCACCCGCCUCCAGGGCUUCCUUCAGGAACUCCCCACCUCAGACUCCAGUGGGAGUGACGGGCCUUGCACCUAUCUCGGUGUGGAGCUGGUCGGCUACUCCGAGGCGGCCGUCCGCGGCUUCGAGAGGCUGCGGGGGGCUUUCCUGGACUCCAUGCGGACAGGACUGCGGGACUCCUACCCCGGGGCCUCGCUGGACGCUGUGGCCGCCUUCGCUACCAUCUUUGAUCCUCGGCGCUACCCGCAGGAGCCCGAGGACCUGGGCACCUACGGCGAGGGGGCUCUGCGCGUGCUGCUGCGCACGUUCGCGCCCGCCGUGGUGCCCCAGCGCGCACUGGGCGACUUCGCGCUCUUCAAGCGCGUGGUGUGCAGCCUGGGGCGGCUGGGGCCGCGCGCGCUCUGGGCCAAGCUGGCCUGCGAGCACUCAGAGCUGCACGAGCUCUUCCCCGACUUCGCCACCCUCGCUGCCCUGGGGUUGGUGCUGCCCACAGGCGCCAACCUCCUGGACAAGGUGGGCCGCAGCCGGGAGCUGCGGUGGUGGGGGCCCUCCGUGGGUGGGGAAGGCCGCAGCGGCCACGUGGUGAAGAUCGCCGUGGAUGGGCCCCCGCUGCACGAGUUUGACUUUGCCUUGGCCGUGGAGUUACUGGAGAGUGGAUGGGGGGAGGGCAUUACGCAGCUCACUGGGGCACUCUCCUCCUUCUGGUCUUCCCAGCCCCUCCUGUCACCCGACUGUGAACAGUGUGGGAAUCAGGAGCGGGGCGAGAGAGUGAUAGAGGAGGGCACCAGCAUCCUGGCAGGCCCUGCCUCCAGUGCCCCCAGCCCCCUGCUGGCCUCCCUGCCCCUGCCCACUCGGCCUCUGCAGCCCCCGCUGGACUUCAAGCACUUGCUCGCCUUCCACUUCAAUGGCGCUGCCCCGCUCAGUCUCUUCCCCAACUUCAGCACGAUGGACCCGGUCCAGAAAGCUGUCAUCAGCCACACCUUUGGGGUCCCCUCCCCUCUGAAGAAGAAGCUCUUCAUUUCCUGUAACAUCUGUCACCUGAGGUUCAACUCAGCGAACCAGGCUGAAGCACAUUAUAAAGGCCACAAACAUGCGAGAAAAGUCAAAGCGGUUGAGGCUGCCAAGGGCAAGCAGAGGCCGCAAACCCUAGCCCAGGAUGAGACAGUGGUGUCCCCAGUCCUGACCCCAGCCAGUGGAGAGGCCCCUGAAGAGCUGCAGGACACAGGCCCUGCAGUUCCUUCUCCGAGUCCCCCACUACAGUCUCCACCGACUCUGGACUCCACGCCCAGGCAGCGGGCCCACUCUGACCUCCUAGAUGCUGCCUCCUCUCUCUCUCCUUCCUCUUGCCCACCCUGCUCCCCAGAGCCUGGGCGAGAGGCUCCGGGCCCUGAGCCCGCAGCAGCUGCAGUGGGCAGCAGCGUGAGCAGUGAGGGCAGGACUGACAAGGGACGCCUCUACUGCCCCACGUGCAAGGUGACGGUGAACUCCACCUCCCAGCUGCAGGCUCACAACACAGGAGCGAAGCACAGGUGGAUGACGGAAGGCCAGCGAGGAGCUCCCCGCAGGGGCCGGGGCCGCCCAGUGCCCCGAAGUGGAGCUGGACACAAAGCCAAAUGUGUGACAGGGGGCCGGGGGGGUCGCCAGGGCCCCAGCCCCCAUUUCCACUGUGCUCUCUGCCAACUCCAGGUCAACUCAGAGACUCAGCUCAAGCAGCACAUGAGCAGCAGGAGGCACAAGGACCGCCUGGCCGGGAAGCCCCCGAAGCCCUCCGGCCAGCACAGUAAGCUGCAGAAGCACGCAGCGCUGGCUGUGAGCAUCCUCAAGUCAAAACUGGCCUUGCAGAAACAACUCACCAAGAUGCUGGCAGCCCGCUUCCUGCCCAGCCCGCUCCCAACUGCGGCAGCCAUCUGUGCCCUGCCGGGGCCACUGGCCCUGAGGCCUGCUCCAGCCGCGCCCACUACCCUCUUCCCAGCUCCAAUCCUGGGCCCAGCUCUGUUCCGUACUCCAGCGGGAGCCAUCCGGCCCGCCACGGGACCCAUUGUCUUCACCCCCUAUUAG